UGAUAGUGAAUGGUGUUCUUUUGGUUUUGAAGGUAUGUUGUAUGCAGAAAUCUGAGUCCUGGAGCCAUUACAGUGUGGAACAUAGUGAAAUCGAAGUGCAAAGGCAGUGCAGUAAGAGUGGAGAGAGGGCUGGUGGAGAACACAGACAUUGUGCUGGUUAGAGAUAUGAAACUCUUUGUCCUGACAGACAAGGGGAUGGCUCCCUUUACAGACCCUCCACUAUCCAUUUUUCAGACCCUUCUUAUUUAUGACCUUCUGAAAAAGAAAUACGUAAAGAAACAGACAGGCCUUUACAUCAUUCCUUGCCAAAAUCACGAGUACAAGAUUCUUGAGGGAGAACUGUUACUUGGCCUCUCUGAGAAUAGAGACCAUAUGAUCAUUUGGAACUUGGAAAGUGGAUUUAUAAAGGAGCGGAUAAGGCCAGAGUAUCAAGACAAGCCUCCCUUGCAAACCACUCUGCCUGGCCAGCUUGUGUCAAAGGAUGCUGUGGACCUAUACAAGGAUAUGCUGCUCAAAAGGGAAAGAGGAAAGGGAGCCACAGUACUUCAGGCCCCCCAGGGAAGGCAUGAUAAGAGUAAGAAAGGAAAGAAAAGGAGGUCAGACAAAAAUGUAAGAGAGGACCCUGGAAAGCUACAGCAGCUUGCAAAUGAGAAAUAUAAUGCUAUUGAUGAGUACCUGCUCAGUGGAGAUGAAAAGGUAAUAGUGUGUUCGUAUUAUGCACACCACCUUUCUGUGUUCAGUUUGAAAACCCUGUCCCACCUCCAUACACUUGAAAGUAGAACAUCCAUGCUCUUCUUGCACAAUGCCGCUUUGACCUAUACUGGCAACUACCUGGUGCUUUCCAACUACAGUGAUGAGGAGAAAAUCAGCUAUAUCACAUUGUGGGAUUUACAAACUGGAAAGGUUAAAAAGAGAUUAAAAAAUGAGCCAAAUGUGUGCUGUGUGGCCAUUACAGAUGAUGCCAGUCGGAUUGUUUUUGGUGUCAUGGUGGAAAACAGGAUUAAAGUUUGGGAUCCAUUUGAACAUGGGCACAAGGCUAUUUCAGGUUAUGAAAGCCUUCAUCUCACUGUGAACAGCAAACUGCAUGUGUUGGAACGAGGUGCAAAAGCAGUUCUGCUUGCAGGUGAGGUAAGCCUAUGGGACUUGCACAGUUGCACAGUAAUGUCAGUCUUUACACCUGACAGCAAAAUCUCCUGCCUAACAGUAGCAUUGGACAGAAAAACUAUUCUUCUGGGGGUGAGCGACAGCCCUGCUCUUAUCACUCUGAAGACAUCCAGUUCUAAAGCACCUGUAAGUUCUACUGAAAGAGACUUAUUUGGAGAAGAAUCUACUAGCAGUGAAGAAGAACCUGAAGAAAACUAGAAGUUCAAACAAAAAACUUAGAAGCAUGCACUCUUAAGGACUGGAUCCACAACAGGGACUUAAGUUGGAGUGUUGCAGGAUUUAGGUUCCCUAAAAGAUAAGUGGGGAGCUGCUAGGAAAUGCUGAGGAGAGAAUGAACCUGAAGUCCUGCAUUUCACAAGGACUUAAGCACACCCCUGCAGUUUGGAGAUGAAUGCCAUGCUCUAACUGGAAUUCACAACUGAACCUUCUCCUGGAAUGAGAUGCCGCAUCCAGGAGGUGCCUCAUGCACAGGAGUUAGUCUAGUAGUUUACCAGAUAGAUGAUGCUCAGGCUUCCAGAAUCAAGGUUGAAUGAGUGGCACACUGUCAGUCCAUGGGCCAAAUCUAGUGUGGCUGGUCUGCAGGGGUGAUGUGGCAUGGGGCCAUAUCAUCCAACUCAUAGGGCUCCCCCUGGAUCUGGGAACCUGUUGGAGAAGUGAUGGUCACAGCUUCUACAGCCACUGUUCUCUCACUGCCAAAUUUCCAGAUCCAUGGGGAACCUUGUAGGCCAGAGAUUGAGCACUACUGGGUUAGUUCAUUCAGCCAGAAUGUGGCAGACCUGGAUUAUAUUGUCUGCCUGGAAACAACCCCCCCCCCACAAAAACACCUCAACUCAAGUCUUGGAAGGCAGCCAAAAGCACCAGGCUAGACCAUCCUGAGCUGGGAUUCUCAGUCAUAGUCAAAGCUACUGUAUUUACUCAAAUCUAAGAUGACACCCAAUAAUUAGAUGCUAUGCAAGGAAAAUUUAUC